CAGAGCCUGAGCCUGUGAGGGACGAUGGGCGUGCUGUGGAACUUCGUGCUGACGAGCCUGCUGCUCACGAACGCCGUGUGCAUCCUGCACGAGAAGCGGUUCCUGCGUCCGCAUGGCUGGCACAAGGUGGACUCGUCGCAGGGCAUGACCAUCAAGAACCAGAUCGUGGGCUUCCUCAUCGCCGUGCAGUAUCUACGCUUCCCGCUCAUGAUCAUCAACACGCUGAUGAUUCUGCUCGAGUUGCUCGCCACCGCCAUGUUCGAGAAGAACCUGCAGGACCUGGUGAAGGGCAUCCGCUCGGCCAAGGGCGACGUGAGCGUGUACAUCUCGCAGGCGCUGCAGGAGAUCAAGGCCGAGCUGCGCAGCACCGACCCGUUCGUCAAGGCGCAGGCCGUGCGCAAGCUCACGUACCUGCACAUGCUGGGCUACGACAUGUGCUGGGCCGCGUUCCACGUGGUGGAGGUCAUGAGCUACGAGCGCUUCGCGCACAAGCGCAUCGGCUACAACGCGGCCUGCCAGAGCUUCACGCAGUCCACGGACGUGGUGCUGCUGUGCACCAACCUGCUCAAGAAGGAGUUCGGCAGCACGAGCGAGUACGAGGUGGGGCUGGCCAUCAACGUGAUGGCCAACAUCGUGACCACGGACCUUGCGCGCGACCUGCUGGGCGACGUGCUGGCCAUGAUGGGCUCGCCCAAGCCGUACGUGCGCAAGAAGGCCACGCUCGUGCUGUACAAGAUGUUCCUGCGCUACCCGCAGGGCCUGCGGCUAUCCUUCGACCGCCUCAAGGAGCGCAUGGAGGAGCCCGACGUCACGGUCGUGUCGUGCGCGGUCAACGUCAUCUGCGAGCUGGCCAACAAGAAGCCCAAGAACUACCUGGGGCUGGCCCCGCAGUUCUUCCGCCUGCUCACCACGUCCUCCAACAACUGGAUGCUCAUCAAGGUGGUCAAGUUGUUGGCCAGCCUCGUGCCCGAGGAGCCGCGCCUCGCGCGCAAGCUGCUGGACCCCCUCGCGACCGUGAUUCAGAACACGCCGGCCAAGUCGCUGCUCUACGAGUGCAUCAGCACGGUCACCACGGCGCUGCUGUACACCAAGAAGAGCGACGGCUCGCAGCCGCGCAACGUGGCGGCCGUCGUGAGGCUCUGUAACGACCACCUGCGCCGCUAUAUUGAAGACCCGGACCAGAACCUGCGCUACCUAGGUCUCGUGGGCCUCGGCAACCUCAUGAAGUCGCACCCGUACGUGGUCACGGAGCACCAGGAGCUGAUCGUCGAGUGUCUGGCGGUGGACGAUAUCACGAUCCGCAUGCGCGCCCUCGAGCUGCUGUCCGGCAUGGUGAACCCGGACAAUGCGGCGCCAAUUAUCCGCGAGCUGAUGCGUCAGACGCUGAGCGCCGACGGCGCGUACCGCCACGAGCUCAUCACGCACAUUCUGCAUGUGUGUUCGGUCAACAAGUACGCCAACAUCCACGACUUCGACUGGUACAUCCACGUGCUGGUGCAGCUCGCUCGCGUGCCGGGCAACACUGCUGCUUCGGUUGACGCCUCACUGUCCUCGCUGGCCCCGUCGUCUGGCAGCAUGCUGGGCUCUAGCAGUAGCAGUAACCACAAAAUGAAGCCGACGGACGGCGAGCCUGCGAAGCGCUCGCACGGUGUCGAGGUGGCGCGCCAGCUUGUGGAUAUCGCGGUUCGUGUCAAGAGUGUGCGUAGCGUUAUGGUGGACAACAUGAUUGAGCUGCUAAUGGAGAAGGAGGCGCUCAGUGGCCCCGGAGCAGGGACGCUUCAGGAAGUUUACUAUGCGGCGGCGUGGAUCACGGGCGAGUACGUCAUGGAGUUCUUGGACGACGUGGACGAUGAAGAGGACGAAGAGGACGAGGACGACGAACGUGAGACCGAGGAGGAGAAACUUCAACGUCUGGAAGAUCUCUCGGACGAGAUGCUGCAGCCUCGCACGACGACGCUGCCUGGACAUGUACAGACUGUGUUUAUUCAGGCGCUGCUCAAGAUCCUCACAGCUAUGGCCGAACGCGCGGAUGAUGCCACGGUGGAACGUAUUGCUACGGUUAUUAUGGAGCGACUUCCUGCUUUCGUUCAGAGCGAAUACAUCGAGGUGCAGGAGCGUGCUGUGUGUCUGCAGCAGCUGUUGCUCGCUCUGAGCAUGGGCCUUGGUGCCCUGACAGCACAAGAGCGCACUGAGCGCGCGUUCGACGGCAGCGCCUCUCUGGAUCCGGCAAAGCGCCUCGACGUGCUCGACUCGUACUUCGCUGAGAGGUUAGCCCCUGUUGGUGUCAAGGCACAGCGCAAGGUUCCGUUGCCAGGUGAUCUGGACCUUGACGAGCCUCUGAGCAAGUCGGAGGCCAAGUUCCUCGAGUCGGGCGGUGACGUGUCAGCAUUUUCGAGCGAGGAUGACCUUGAGGUGUCGUUUGUCAGUCAGGGACAUGCAGGUAUCGGCGGGGGAUACAGUGGCAUUGGCGACGAUCCCCCAGAGCGGAAGCCUGGGAGCAAGCACCACCGCCACCGCCGGCAAAACGGCGCGUCGUCUUCAGAAUCGGAAUCCGAAUCGGAGUCGGAGAAUUCUGCGGACGAGAGAGAAAGGAAGGAGCGCGAGUACGCCCGUGAGCAGGAGCGGUUGCGCAAGGACCCCUUCUACCUGUCUGCUGGUGGGCAAACUUCAACUGAUGCUGGAGCCAACGCGGGUUUCGCGGAUAUGAUGGGCGCCUUGGGCUCCGGAGCAAACGGCAAGAAGAAGAAGGCUUCAAAGAAGUCGAAGUCGCGUGAUAUUCUUGAGGACGAGUUGAUGCCCGAAGGCGCACGCUCAAGUGAUGAAGACCGUCGUCGUACUCGCAAGAAGCGUGAAUCAGUGGGCGAAGAUGAAACCGAUUUGGCUGCCGUGGACUUGAGUAUCCCUCUGGGUGAGAACGAGAAGGUUCCCACCGAUCAGUGGUUCCAUCGCCAGACGCCUGCCUCAAAGCCAGCAGAUGACGAGAAGAAAUCUAAGAAGAAGAGUUCCAAGCACAAGAAGUCUUCCAGGGGUGAGGACGACGGCAAGAAGAAAAAGAAGAAGGAGUCGUCGUCCAAGAGCUCCAAGUCCAAGAAGCCAUCGCGGAAACAAGAGGACUUGCUAAUCGGCGGCUUUAGUGACGAGGAGCAGGAGCCUGUUGAAGCGCCUCAGGAAAGCCGUCACAAGCACCGGAGCUCAUCUACGAAGAAGAGCAAGAAGAGCAGCUCGAGCAAGAAUGGUGGCGAUGUCGAGAAGACAAAGAAGAAGAGGAAGGACAAGGAGCACAAGAGCUCAAAACGUCAGGAGGCGCCGCCAGCAGAACCGCUUCUGCUCUUUUAGAUGACCGGCCGGCCACCUCUUCGUUUGCAGGUACAUACCAUCUCUUUGGUGAGGUCGAAACUCAGCUGGAGACAUGAGACGGACCGAGAGAGGAGAACAAAAUGA